AUGGUGGCCGAGUCAGCAGUGAAGCGCGGGCGUGACGCCGUGAAUGCCGAGCCGCACGCAGAUAAAGCGGGUGAGGCCCAGAAGAAGAAGAACGGCGGCGUCGUGAGCAAGCGCUGGACGCCCGAGCAGGACGAGGCGCUUAAGAAGGCCGUGGCGGAGCUUGGACACCGCAACUGGAUGGUACGCUGCGUGCCAUUUUUGAGCUGGCAAUGA